AAAUAUAUAUGCACAAUUGAAAUCUGGACCGGAUGUUUUCUACGUCGUAUUCUGUUAUGUGUUAAAGACUGUUGUUUUAUAUCCCUGGGCCUACGUAUUCGCAGUCAGUUUUUUUUCGUACGUGUAUCGUAUAUAAUAUGGAAUUUUGGCGGAAUUGUACAUUGCACCGGAGAACAGAAACAUUCCUCAUCGCAAUUUUAUCUUAAGAAAUAUUACAUUAGCCCAGUUUUGAUAUUUCGCAACGCGGAUACUAUGAAGUUGAAAUAUUUUCAACUGAUUGCUUUGUUGCUCUGUGCAACUCUAGCUUUUGCCAAAGACGAUCUUGACAACUUGGAUGAUGACUUAGCUCAAGAUGAUUUAGAAGAUUUGGAGCGUGACGAAGAACUUUUACGUGAAUUGGAAGAAGAACAACAGCAUAAAGAUUUGGCACGCGAGAACCAAAAGGCUGCUGAAAUUGCUGCAGAUCUUGCAUCUCAAAUGAUUGAAAAUCACGCACCAGUCCUACUUGAUCCAUGCGCAAAAAUCCAUUGUGGUGCAGGAAGAGUUUGUCAAGCCGAAGAUACCACUGCCAAAUGUGUAUGCAUUCCAGAAUGUCCACAACAAUCUGAUCCACGACGAAUGGUCUGCUCAAAUCAUAAUCAAACAUGGAACUCAGACUGUGAGGUCCAUCGUGAACGUUGUCUCUGCGAUACAGACGAUUCACGUUGUAAAUCGGCUGAAAUGAAACACAUUCAUAUUAGCUACUACGGCGAGUGCAAAGAAAUUCCGACAUGUACUGAUGAAGAAAUGAGCGACUUUCCAAGACGUAUGCGCGAUUGGCUGUUCAACAUAAUGAAUGAUUUAGCACAAAAUGAUGAAUUCCCAUCACAGUACAAAACUUUACAAACCGAAGCUGAAACCAAUAUGACACGUCGAUGGGUGAAUGCUGCUAUUUGGAAAUGGUGUGAUUUGGAUGGUCAUCCACAUGAUCGAUCAGUGUCAUUACACGAAUUGUUCCCAAUCCGAGCACCAUUGAUGUCACUCGAACAUUGUAUUGCACCGUUUUUGGAGUCAUGUGAUCCCGAUGGUAAUCAUCGUAUUUCGCUUCAAGAAUGGGGAAAAUGCUUGGAAUUAGACGAGGGUGAUAUGGAGUAUCGUUGUGAGGAGAUUAGCAAAGUCAACGAAUAAAUACUCAAUACACGCAUUGUUGAAAUGACAAUGCAUCGAUGCAUGUCAAAACACAUUUAAUGUGUGUGAAUGCCAAACACAAAUAUGCCAAAAAACUAAAUAAAUUUUCGUUAAAUAAACUCGAAUAAAUAAAUUAGUUGAA